GUGCGUGGUCGCGUAGAACGCGUACCGAGCGUUCCGCUCAUAGGCACUUACAUUUUCACUUACGAAACAUUUGCAAGUUCGGAAAUAGUGUUUUUGUUAUCUAAAAAUAAUAAUAGUCGAGCUUUCCGUACCGGUGCUUUUGUUAUACUUUCUAUAUAUUGAUUUUCCUCUAAUUUCCUAACAAAUUAGAGCUAACUCUUUCACUUUCGAAACCGUUUGAUUAGUUUUGGUGUGGUUCUGAAAAGUUGUUAGUGCUUUCAGUGUCAGGUGUGGAACCUCACACGCUAUCUCGCUCAGUAGUGUUGAAAGGAAAGGAAGAUAAGACUGCACAGGGAGAGUUUGUUUGGUUUCAUGAUUUAAUUUGCUGCAAACAACGACUGCAACGUUUGGUGAACUUAGAGAACAUAUCGCUCCGUUAUCUUGUGUACAACAUCAAGAACAUUGUAGAGAACAAAUUGUGACGGAGCGCCGCCCACGACGAGGACGAUAACACUGCAUCCCGUCCACAGCGCGCAGAGAAAUUAAUCUAGCACACGGUUUGCAGGAAACAUGUUGAUAAACGGCGCUGCAUAAACUGUACCCCUAGCCCUGUUUCACAAAAUUCGGUGUUGGCGCCCUGACAUGCCCAGCUGACACCGGUACAAGCAAACUAGCAACAGCUAUAUACCUCGCUGUGAACGACCAAACCAAAUGGCACUAACACACUCAAUUUACCAACAAUACACUGCUGAUGUAACUCACAGAAAUAUGGCAAGUCAUUCCAGAAAUAAUAUAGACAAAAUUCACGAACUGAUCGAUUUAGAUAGAUAUAAGUUACCGAAUAAGGAAAAUAAGAAACGCCAAAUAGAAUUCGAAAGCCGAUGCUCUCUCGCAAUAGGAGGGUCCGAACUAUGCGAAUUGCAUAAAGACGAAAACGUAUACGGAAACGAAUCGAUUAUCAAAAUGAGAGUAGAGGUUGACUUUUAUGGUGGCACAAGACAGAGCGCCGAUUUUAAAUUCCAAUAUGUGCGGGAUGUGCAGAAGUGGAUAGAAAUGACCGGCAGGACAAUAGGUGUACGCGUACGCAUGGUUGCCGUGAUAGGAUUGCUCUUGGCCAUGCUGACAACGACAUAUGCUGCGCCGGCCGCGAGGUUGCAACACACGCGCUCCUCGAGUCAGGAUGAUUCUGUUAGAAAUUACCUAGAACAGUUUGGAUAUCUGAAGAAAGGGCAACUUGAAGUUGGUAACUUACUACUGGGAAGUGAGUCACAAUAUUACGAAGAUGACUUCAGGAUUGCCGUCAAAACAUUACAAGAAUUCGCAGGCGUUCCUGUCACAGGUGAAAUCGACGAGGCCACGAAGGAAUUGAUGACGAAAAAGCGAUGCGGAAUACCUGACCAGAAACCUGACAGUGAAGGUGGCCGGGAGAAACGAUUUGCAGUGUAUGGAGAGAAGUGGAAACACACCAAUUUGACAUGGAGCUUGUCAUCGGUGAGGCGACCUUCGCAGGUCGACCCAUACCACACCCGCAGCGUGUUGGCGCGCGCACUCGACGUCUGGCAGCAGGCUUCACGGCUUACAUUCAAGGAAAUCAACUCCGACGAAGCUGAUAUCGUUGUCUCUUUCGCCAAAGGAGCUCAUGGCGAUGCGUACGCAUUCGAUGGGCGUGGUGCUAUUCUUGCGCACGCGUUCUUCCCUGGUUCAGGACGCGGGGGCGACGCACACUUCGAUGAUGACGAGCUCUGGCUGCUGCAACCGAAAAACGAUGAUGAAGAAGGGACAUCGCUAUUCGAAGUAGCCGCACAUGAAUUUGGUCACUCGCUCGGGCUCCUUCAUAGUUCUGUUAAGGGAGCACUCAUGUACCCAUGGUAUCAAGGAGUUCAACCAAACUUGGUGCUACCAGACGAUGAUAGAAAUGGCAUUCAGCAAAUGUAUGGUCCAAAAGAAAGAACAAGUUGGGCAAAAAUUCCCCCUUAUAGACCGACAGAAACUCGUCCAACCACAACAACUACGACUACUACAACCCGAAAGCCUUACAUCUAUCACCAUAAUACCCACCACUACGAUAAAUAUCCACACCAUCAGCCCAGCUAUACCCCACACCCGCGCGACAAAUACCCGACUUACUAUCCGCGAAAUCCAUAUAAACCAAACCACAAUGACAGACCGAAUUAUCCAGACAGGAUAACUCCCGACCGUCGACAUCACAACACCACUGAAGAUCAUCCGCGAAGACCUACCCACCACUACCCUCGUCCUACUGAAACCACUGUUAAUCCCACUACACAUCGACCCCGCUAUCCCAACGUGCGACCAGAAUAUCCUAGCUACAAGCCAAUUUACCCUAAUGACCCUAACAAAGACUAUUACCCAAGAAGAAAACCGUAUUACCCAGAGAAGACCACGGCUAAGCCAACUCCGCCUUCGGAUAAACCUGAUGCUUGUGAUACUAGUUACGAUGCUGUAACAAUGAUACGUGGAGAAGUUUUCAUCUUCAAAAAUAGAUACCAUUGGAGGAUAGGAUCCAAGGGACAGUAUCCUGAAUAUCCUAUAGAAAUAACGAGAAUGUGGCCUGCACUACCAAAAGGGCUUACUCAUGUUGAUGCUGUGUACGAAAGACCUGACGGCAAGAUAGCUUUCUUUAUUGGCAAAAAGCUGUACUUGUUCAAUACACGAGAUUUAGAAGCAGGAUAUCCAAAAUCUUUAGUGGAGUUAGGAUUACCGGAGGACCUACAGAAGUUAGACGCUGCAAUGAUUUGGGGACAUAACAGCAAGACAUACUUCUAUAGUGGAACAAUGUAUUGGAAGUAUGAUGAAGAUGCAGAACGCGUGGAGCCGGACUACCCUCGCAAUAUGGCCAUGUGGGCAGGUGUAGGCUACAACAUCGACAGUGUAUUCCAGUGGAAUGAUGGUAAGACAUAUUUCUUCAAAGGAAAAGGAUUCUGGAAGUUUAAUGACCUACAGAUGAGGGUAGAACAUGAGCGACAAAUGUCAUCAGCUCAGUUCUGGAUGAACUGUCCCGCUGAGCGCACUGGGCGUCGCUACCCUUUUCGGACACCACAGGCCCCUGGGUCAACCUUACGCUCACCCAGCUCAGUACCACACUCACCCAGCUCAGAACCACCUUCACCCAGCUCAGUACCACACUCACCCAGCUCCGCUCCAAAUCAUAUAGUCAAUAAAUUAACUAUUUUCUCUUAUAUCCUAGUACUCAUAAGCUACAUUCGAUACCGUUAGUCUAUAUUAUUCUUGAAAAAAAAAUUUAUACGACUGCUUACGAUUAAGACUUGUGCCACGUGUUUGUUAAAAUUACCUCUACAAAUGAUAGUGAUUGACACGUACGUAAAAAAUGACCAAUUUCAUGAUUUGUUGCAAGCAAGCAACAAAUUUUUUAAAACUUUUUCACGCUUUAAAUAAUACGAAAUGUUUUAUAAAGCAACAGGCUCGUAAAUUGUCGGAUUUAUAUAAAUUACUCACUUAUAUAAAUUACGCACAAUUACAUACAAAUAUAAAUUAGUCCGAUAACGUACAUUUGUAGAUUGUCUCUAUUUUGACCUACAGAUAUACAUUGCUAUAUAUUUUUGUAGGAAAGUUCAAAGGAACUUUCAUUGCAGUUGGCACCCGCAUAAGGUUUCAAUUUUUUUUAUCGGUGAAACCGACGGACACUCUUGUUCGUUAUUCUAAAGUUGGUCCUUUUUCAUAAAGGUUCUUGUUGGUAAAAUUGUCUACGAACAAGUACAUAUCGGAACGGUCUGAUUUAAUACUUAAGUGUUAGUAAACUAUUGCACAAACUUUGUACUGCCUGUUUAGUAUUAAUUCCCAUUAUUCUGGAUAUUAUUAUAAUAAUAUAAAAUUAUGUAAACCAAUUAGAAUAAUUCUAGUACCUAGUUACAAUUUAUUAUUUCUUGUAUGUACAUUUUGAUCUCAAUAUGAUCGAGUGUUUGAUUUGUUAUGACAUGUAAGGUAUAAAACACCAUUCAUUUAGCUUCUGUACAGUUUGUGUCCUCGAUGUCAGUAUUUAAUAAUGUGAAAAUAGAAUAAUUUCAUAGAAAUCCAUACUUACCUAAGAUUACUUACAUUAUACUAUGUUUUACUAUAAGUGGAAUUUAAUUAAUAAUGAUAUUACAUUUUAAAUACCUAUGUAUUAUCAUGAACAUAUAAAGACAUUUGCUAUCCACAGAAUGCCUUAGUAGAAUAUGCAUAUGAAUACAAAUUCAAGCUUUCAUAAUAUAAUUAUUAUUAAUAUCACAUGAAAUAUCUAUACUUAUUGUAAUCUGUAUUUUCUCUAAUAUAAUCUUAUAUAUGUGCUGGUUAAAAGAGGUACACUUAUUCUGUAAUUUGUAAAAUAAAAUAAAAUUGUAACAAAACACCUAUUUAAUAGAAUAAUGUCUUUAUUGCAAACAACAAUAUCGCAAUAAUAGGUACAAAUAACUGGCAACUGGUGGACAAAAUACGAGAAUUAAUGGAGGCAGUGCGCUUGUGAGUGAUUAAUCGACAGCGGCGGCGCUCCUAAAAAAAUGCCAUAUCCUUCUUUAGUUCCCAUACAAUACCAUUUCGUGUUGUAAUUCUGUUGUAAUGUAAUGUUUAAAUACUAGAUAUGAGAAUAGAUUAAUGAAAUGGCCUUAUAAACUAUACGAGGAUGGAAAGAUUGCUGUGCUAUAGAAGCUAUAGGUGUGUUGCCAAUUUAAAAGGAAGAAAUUGAUUCUAGAUGGAAUGAUAAUGGUGCUUACUAUAGUUAGUUAGUUGUACAGAAUAAAUUCUCUUUAAAUAUUUUUGUAUGUUACUGUUGUGUCCUGUAAUUGAGAAAUCUACCUAAAUGUCUCUUCCAAACUCUGUUUUAAUAAAGUAAUCUAAUACCCAUUUACCUAUAUGUAACUUAAACCUUAUGCAUAAUCUAAGUACAUACAUAAUAAAGUAACUUAUGCAAUGAGCAGUGGGUAUAAUUUGAAAAUAAUUUUAAAUAGUAUAUAGUAGUAUCUUAUCUUUAAUUAUAUAUCCUAUGUGUAAUUAAUUAUAUAUAAUUAUUG